ACAUUAUUUUAUUCUAUAGUAUCUACCUCCAUUUCAUUUUUUCCAUAUAAACCCUAAACAAACAGUGCUUCUCCCCUCUCUGCUAGCUCUCCUUUCUCUACCCAAUAAAUUCCAAAAAUACUUUGCUUCCCCAAUAUUAACAAAAGAAAGUACCAAUUAUUGAUCAUCUUUUCAGAAAAAAACAAAACUUUCUUAAUAUUGUUCAAGCAAACAAAGAAAAAAAAAAAAAAAAACUCCAUAUACAAUUCAACACCGACACACAUAGAUUUGAAAUAGAAAGAGAUAUACUAUAUAUACUAGCCUUCUCACUCCCAUCAAUCUCUUCACUUUCCUUUUUUUCUACGAAAUAUGAUUUUGUUACAUAUAACGAUAUGAACAGUAACAAAAUCAAUAAAAGCGAUCCAUCUAGAACUACGAAGAUAAACAUCAGAUCCUUAUAAAAACACUUUUAUGGCUUCGAAUCACCACGAGAAAAUCAACAUCGAGACAGUUAGUAAUAACAACAGUACUAUCAGUAGCAAUAUAGAGAUUUUAGCUUGUUCAUCUGCAGCUGCAUCAUCAUCUAGCUCAAGUAGCAGAUACGAAAAUCAGAAAAGAAGAGAUUGGAACACGUUUGGUCAGUACUUGAAAAAUCACAGGCCUCCAUUGGCACUCUCUAGAUGCAGUGGUGCUCAUGUCCUUGAAUUCCUUCGUUACCUUGAUCAAUUUGGCAAGACUAAAGUUCACACUCCGAUGUGUCCAUUUUAUGGGCAUCCGAAUCCACCAGCACCGUGUGCGUGCCCACUUAAGCAAGCUUGGGGGAGCCUUGAUGCACUGGUAGGACGACUUAGAGCAGCUUUUGAAGAAAAUGGAGGAAAGCCUGAAACGAACCCUUUUGGUGCAAGGGCGGUUAGGCUUUACCUUCGUGAGGUUCGCGAUUUGCAAUCCAAAGCGAGGGGAGUUAGUUAUGAGAAGAAGAAAAAACGGAAGCUCCCUCCUCCUCUUCCACCACCACCGCAACAACUGCUGUCACCACCAUCAGGUAAAAGUGCACUGCAAUUUGGGUUAUGACUUGAUCAUCAAUUACCUUUACGUCGCGCAAAAACCACGGGACAAACUUGAGGUCCAAGCAGUGAUCAGUGACGAAGUCAGAAAUUCUAACGAAUUAAAUCGCUAUAUAUAGCUCAACUUGCACGGUGCUAUUAGUCUUUUCACUUUUAGUUUUAUCCUAUAUAUGCUUUAGUCCAGAUUAAUUAAGCAGGAGAGCAUGCAAGUGCAACUACGUAAUUAAUUAUGUCUUAAAUUGCUUUAGAGUCCUUGUUACAUUACCUUUCACUUGGAUAUUAUUUCUUUUCUGCUAUACAGGUCAGUAUGUAUAUAUAUCGACUUAAAUUCUAUGCUUAAAGCUUUAUGAAAGAAACUAAUUAACUUACAA